AUGAACAUUACCACCGCUAAUAAUUCUACAUCUUCUAGUGGAAAUGACCCUAAAAAUACUAUUGAGUCUACUUGUGGAACAUUUCCACUAACAAAUAUAUCGUCAUCUCAUUCGUCGAUUAAACUUCCUGGAUCAGAAAGUAAACGUGUAUUUGAGGUGAGCAGAGCUAAAGAAGGAUCAGAUGAAGAACAGUUUACUAUUACUUCCUCUUUAAGACAAAAGCCAAAACGUUUAGAGAAGCAUGUUACGCUUUCAGAUGAAAUUUUGGAUUUAAACUUCCCUCCACUUCUUCAUCAUCAUUACUUAAAAUCGGAUGAUUACUAUAAUAAAUAUAAUAUUGAAGCUGAUGAGCAAAAAGAUGCAAAAAGUGUAACAAAUUCACAUGAUGAUUAUCCACUCUCUUCCAAUCCAAGCAUACCGCAUAUGUCGACAGAUAAAAUAAGUACAGCAAGUUUUGGAAGUAUGGGGAAAUACUGCUUGAAUGAUCACGAUGAAUCGCCUACCACGUUGAUUUUAUCGCGUAUAGAAAAACUAGCGCUGAAAGAUUUCUCCUCGGAAGUUCGAGCGAAUUUGGAUAUCGACAUGUUCAUUAAAGAAGCAACUCUGCUAUUGGACCUGGAUGGAUCCACCUUGGAAGAUAUUAUCAGUUCUAUGUUAGAAGCAGUUUUUGAUAAUCGACCUAUUGUCGAUACAACUACUACAGCAUCGCUCCCUGAUGAGAUCGAUUCAAACCAGUGGUCUCGAACUUCGGCAACUGUUAGUAGUGGUUUUGGACCAAAGGUUAACUUCUCUAUAUCCGGAAAUUCUGAUAAAACAAAUACAUCGAAAGUUGACGUAGAAAACAUGAAACUGGAAGCUAAAAAUUCCCUUCUGAUGCAAAUAAACUUUCAAGGAUGUUCAUAUCAGAGACUUGCAAAAACCAUUAAAGGUGUUUCACUAACAAACAGUGAUUGCUUAUCAACAGAUCAAAGUUGGAUUUGUGCCAUGUGUUCAUUACGAUCAAUUCAUAAACGCUAUCUUGCUUUAGCUCGAUUGAGUACCUAUUUAAUUGUACUUAUAAUAACACCGACAAAAGAGAAAGGAACGAAAAGCGAAAUAGAAGUUGGCAGAACAUUCGGCACAAUAAUGGCUGAUCCUGAAUUUCGUCAAGAAUUAUUAUUUGCAACCAAUGAAAAUGAGGUGAAACUACUUCUGUGGGCGAGAGCUCAGCAGCUGGCAGCUGAACAGUCAACAAAAAGGCGUAGAUCAUCCCAGUUUCAAGAUUCUACAAAUCAAAAAUUUAUCAAGGAUUCUCAGUCCAUGAUAGGCAAAGGAAUAUACCUAGACUUGAAACGGAAAAUACCAUAUUAUUGGUCCGACAUAACUGAAGGUGUUCGUGGAAAACACUCUCUACGUAAAACUAUAUCAACAACCAUUUUCCUUUAUUUUGCCUGUUUACUACCGUCAAUUGCGUUUGGAUUAUUGAAUUCAAGGAAUACAGAGAAGAAAAUGGAUGUUACACGUGUAAUAAUGGCACAAACAAUAGGUGGUUUAUGUUAUGGAGUUUUUGGAGGUCAACCGCUAAUUGUACUUUUAUCCACGGCUCCACUAGCACUUUAUAUUAAAAUUAUCUACACCAUAUCUCAAACAUACAACACUAAUUUCUAUGCAAUGUACGCAUGUAUCGGAUUAUUUAAUAGCCUCUUCUUAAUUAUAUAUUCCUUUUGUGGAUUCAGUCGCUGGAUGAAAUGGUCCACAAGAUCAACAGAAGAAAUAUUUGCAAUGUUUGUUUCAAUGGCAUUUGUAUAUGAUGCUGGAAACGACUUAUAUACAACAUUUAAAGAGAAUUAUCAUUGUAAAUCAUCCGCAUAUUAUUCACUACUCAAUGAUACACUCAAAACUCAGGGAUUCGAUAAAAGUUAUAUGAAUUUAACAAAUAUGAAUAACAGAAUUUUUAUCGAGAUUUGUCCUGAUAUAUCAUCAUUAUCAUCGUCAUCAUCAACAACGCAAACAGCAUCCACAUUUUCACUCUCCCAAUCAUCAUCUGGAACCUCACAAGAGGCAAACAGGACUAUUAUCAUUACCCAACCUGGAUGUCAACGGGAAGUUGCUUUAGUUUACCUAAUACUACUUCUUGGUACAGUUUGGAUUUCACUGCAUCUUUUAAACUUUACUAAGACACCAUUUCUGACUGCUACAAAACGUGAAAUGUUAACAGAUUUUGCUCUGCCCAUCGCAGUUAUCACUAUGUCAGUGGUCGGAUCUUUAAUCUUUGGCGACAUCAAAUUAAAGCCAUUCGAAGUUCAGCCAUCUGAUUUUAUUUUAAAAAAAGCCCCGUUAAAUUCCUUAAGUUGGCCUGCAGUACUUGGAUCUAUUGGUAUAGCGAUUCCAUUAUCAUUAUUAUUUUAUAUGGAACAAAACAUCGCCAGUGCUAUUUUGAAUUCCCCAUCAAACCGACUUAGAAAAGGACCAUCAAACCAUUGGGAUUUAUUUGUGUUAGCACUAAUUAACAUCAUCUUAUCCAUUUUCUGUCUUCCAUGGGUACAUGCAGCUCUGCCUCAUACUCCACUACAUGUUAAAGCUUUAGCAGAUAUGGAAGAACAUGUAGAUGGUGGACACCAUAUCAGACAAACCAUUAUUCGGGUACGUGAAACACGAUUAACACUGAUUAUAUCACACAUACUUAUUGGGCUAUCGCUGGCGAUGAUACCUAUUCCAUUGAUUUACAUACCACCUCCUGUAUUGAACGGACUGUUUGUUUAUAUGGCUAUAACUGCGCUGCAAGAUAAUCAAAUGUUUGAAAGAAUACUACUUUUCAUCACAGAACAAUCAGCCUACCCACCAUCUCAUUACAUAAGAAGAGUACCUCAAAGGAAACUUCACCUAUUCACGUUUUUUCAACUGGUCCAGUUAGGAUUUCUUUGUGCAUUCGGAUUUGCUCCUAGUCCAUAUGUGAAAUUAAUAUUCCCUGUUAUACUUGUUGUACAAAUAGUCCUAAGACAUACACUUAUACCCAAAGCCAUUGAUUCAAAAUAUCUUGAGGCGCUGGAUCGUCAUUUUUAG